GAGAGAGAGAGAGAGAGAUCUAUACGAAGAUAUAUCAUUCCGCCAUAGCCUCCAAAAUGGUGGCUCAUGACGUCACGACACGCAGUACAGGAGCCUUGUUGACGUGCUCAGUCAGUGUGAUGAAACGCUUUUGUCGUGUCGCCUUUUAUUUGACAAAGCUCAAGAGUCAUGUCGAAAGGACCAAGAGGAUUUGAAUGCACCCACAGCUGAUGAAUUAUCUUGGGAUCAGGAGCGUUUCGGGAUAAACUAGUGAUGGCUAUUCCCCAGGCACUUUAUAUCCUGCUGUGGAAGAAAAUCACCCACUGCAAACGUAACAAGAUUGGACUGUGUUUCGAGCUCUCCUGGCCACUCAUCAUCGUUGGCUUCUUCACUUUGGUUCUGCCUAAAAACCGAUAUAGAUCAGAUGAUACCACAAGAUCAUCAACACCGCCCAGGAUUCAAGUAUUUAGCCCCGACAUCAGCAAUCCCUAUUCGAACGAAGUUGGCAACGUUGACAACUCUAUGUUUUGGGAUGACAAUCCAGGAGCUGACACAAACAGCUUUGCGUCUGUUCACGACAUGGUGGAGACGGCAGAAUCCCAGAUUUUGCCACAACAUAGGCAGGAACAGGAGAUUCCCAACGAAAUGCGAAUAUUACACCCGGUGAUUUUGCCAGUUGCCAUGGCACUGGCCUGGAUCUAUCCUGUGAUGAGGACCAUUCGGGAUGUGGUUUUCGAAAAGGAAUCCAGGAUGAAAGAAACCAUGAAAUUGAUGGGUCUGAGUUCAGGAACACUGUGGCUCAGCUGGUUCAUCACCUCUCUUGUACCUUCUCUGGUGUCUAUUGUGCCCCUGGCUGCUCUUCUUAAGUGGGGUCGAAUCGUGAAAUUCACCAGUCUGGGUGUUUUGAUUUUUUUCCUCGUGGCAUUUGCUACCGCCAACAUCAUGCUGUGUUUCCUCAUGAGUACUUUCUUCUCCAAGGCCAACCUGGCCGCUGUAUGUGGGGGGCUGAUAUACUUAAGCCUCUACAUACCACCCUUACUGUCUCUGACGUUGACCACCACCACCAAGGCAGCAACAAUUUUUGCUAGCUUUCUGUCUCCAGCGGCCUUUGGAUUUGCCUGUCAGUGUUUCUAUCCUUCUGAAUCGCAAGGCAUUGGGAUCCAGUGGAAUACUAUAGGGUCAAGUGUCAGUGAGAAAAUCUCACUGAACUUCGGAAUAUUUAUCAUGAUGUUUUUUGUGGAUGCCUUCAUGUAUGCUGCAGCAGCCUGGUACAUUGAAGCUGUUUUUCCAGGUCAAUAUGGCUUGCCCCUGCCGUGGAACUUCCUCUUUGAUAUCAACUAUUGGAAGGGAAUUCAAGUGGUGAAAAGCAGGCAGAUCCCAGUUGCCCCUAUGGAGGAGAAUAAAGAUUAUGCACAACACCGUGAGGAAAUCUUGGAUUUUGAUCAUGUAGUAGGAUCUUUAGCGAGAAAAGAUCUCAUUGAAGCUGACCCAAGUAACCUGGUCCUUGGCGUCAGCAUAAAUAACCUGGUGAAAAUCUACAAGAAAGGAGCCGUGAAGGCUGUCGACCACCUCAACCUGAAGUUCUAUGAGGGGCAGAUCACCUCAUUUCUGGGUCACAAUGGAGCAGGAAAAACUACCACCAUAUCUGUUAUGACUGGUAUGUUCCCGCCCACCUCGGGGACGGUCUACAUCAACGGAAUGGACGUCUGCUACCAAUUGAACAUCAUCCGAAAGAUCCUGGGUGUUUGUCCACAAGACAAUGUCCUGUUUGACUUUUUAACAGUGGGGGAGCAUCUUUGGUUUUAUGGAUGUCUGAGGGGCAAGCCGAAAGACGAAGUGAGGUUGGAAUGUGAUUCUUGGCUUCAAGAGGUUGGACUUCUUUGUAAACGCCACGAACUUAUUAAAAACCUCUCUGGUGGUAUGAAGAGGAAACUGUUGGUGAUACUUGCUUUCGUUGGAGGCUCCAAGGUGGUUAUUUUGGAUGAGCCUACAGCAGGAGUGGACCCAUUUUCCCGUCGGUCCAUCUGGGACUUGUUGCUGAAAUAUCGCAAGGGUCGAACCAUAAUCCUCUCUACGCACUACAUGGACGAGGCAGAACUCCUUAGUGAUCGUAUUGCCAUCAUCUCCCAGGGAAAGCUGUGCUGCUGUGGCUCACCGCUUUUUCUUAAAUUUAAACUGGGAUCUGGCUACACCCUGACUGUGGUCAAAAAGGACAGCGAUUCAUCAGGGGAUAGAGACGCACCCAGACAGGGUCAUAGUCUGGAUAUUGUGGCCAAUAGCUCAUCCAUGGAAGCGCUGCUGGCUCUGGCACAGCGUCACUUUCCUACUGCCAGCCUUGUGAUGGAGUCCUUGCGUGAGGCAGUGAUCAAUAUACCCCAGGAGGCCUCCAUGAACAACCGCCUAGCUGAUUUCCUUUCUGAACUGGAUCAGAAUCUGGGCCAAGUUGGAAUUAUCACCUAUGGAUUGUCUGACACUAAAUUAGAGGAUAUCUUUCUACGAGUUGUGGAGGAAACUGAGUAUCAGUUGGAAUCAGAGCUGCAUGCUGAUCCUCCUCAGCAAUCAACAGAGCAGAAUGAUGAAUUUCAGGAGAAACAUCUGCUGAGUGGAUUUGGCCAAAGAGGCACCCUGACUGGAUGGAGCAUGACCUGCCAGCAUCUGAGAGCUCUCUUUAUCAAACGAUGGCUGUAUGCUCGCAGAAAUACUCAAAGCUUCUUUGCUCAGAUUGUGCUUCCUGCUGGGCUUUUGCUGGGCUUUUUGGCAAUCUCGGACCGAAAAAAACCCCCUACUGACCAAGUGGGACAGUUGUUAAGUGCAGGCAUUACAAUUCCUUUUAUUUUGAUGGUGGCUAUUUCCUGUGUACCUUCCUGCUCCGUGCUUUUCCUGAUUGAAGAAAGAGCCAGUAAAGCAACACACCUCCAGUUUGUCAGUGGGCUCCAGCCAUUCCUCUACUGGUUGACAAACAUUUGCUGGGACAUGCUGAACUAUGCCGUCACAGCCUUUCUCAUGGUGCUCAUCAUUAUUGCUUUCAAGAUAGAAGGAUACACCUCUGACAGCAUACUGCGGGCUCUUAUCCUCCUCCUCCUCUUUUAUGGAUGGUCCGUCAUCCCCAUGAUGUACCCAGCAACCUUUGUUUUCUCCGAUUCCACCACGGCCUACAUUGUUUUUUCCUGUGUCAACCUCUUCAGUGGAAUUAUUUGCAGUGCAGCAACAUAUUUUCAGAUAAUGUCUCAAGUUGAGGCCCCACCGAGUUGGACCUGGCAUAUGUUAUUCAUUUUACCUCAUUACUCCUUGGGAAAAGGACUCGUGGACAUACAAAUCCAACCGCAAAUAAGUAUGCUCAUCUUUCACACUCCAAGCCCAAUGAGCCGUGAACAAUUGCGAGUGUUUCUGAAGACAGCAAACGUUGCGUUGACGCCAGAGUUCUUAGGGGUUCGUUCAAGUUCGCAAAUGUUAGCCCAACCAUUCUUAACCAGGCGGUCGCCUGUACUUUUAUUGUUGCAAGGAAAUUUUGCGAUCUUGUCUAUGAAAAUACAGGGUUUAUUGCUUGGCAACCCAUCUGCGUUUGUCCUCCAGUGUUUUGGCCUGCUCGGUGUCAAUGGCGCAGGGAAGACUUCUACAUUUCGCAUGCUGACGGGAGACCUGUCGAUCACCUAUGGAGAGGCCUUCCUUCAAAACCGCAGUGUCAUCAGAGAGAUGGACCGUGUUCAUCAGCUGAUGGGAUACUGCCCACAAUUUGAUGCCAUAUUCAAACUACUGACUGGCACUGAGAAUCUGGAGCUUCAUGCCCGUCUUCGAGGAAUGCCUGAGGAGUCUGUCACCCAGGUGGCUCUGUGGUGUUUGAAGAAAGUGGGACUUAGCCAGUAUGCCAAGCAAGAGGCUGGAAACUACAGCGGAGGCAACAAGAGAAAACUGUCCACUGCGAUUGCCCUCAUCGGUGCUCCGCUUGUUUUAUUUCUGGAUGAACCCACCAGUGGCAUGGACGCAAAGGCAAAAAGGUUCAUGUGGGACUGUUUCCGCAACUUCACCAAAAAGGGAAGAGCUGUCGUUCUGACCUCCCACAGUAUGGAGGAAUGUGAGGCUCUCUGCUCCAGAAUGGCCAUCAUGGUCAAUGGUACGUUUAGAUGUCUUGGCUCUGUGCAGCACUUGAAGAACAGAUUUGGUGAGGGCUACACCAUUGCCCUUCGUCUGGCAGAGAGUGAAUCCACUCCAGACAUGUGCCCUGUCAACAGCUAUAUGAAGAACUGCUUUCCAAUGAUCGAUCUGAAGGAAUGUCACCAAACCGUGCUCACGUACCAACUGCCAGAGCACGCCUGCAGCCUGGCUAAAAUUUUUAAGGUGCUUGCCAAUCAUGAGGCACUAGGCAUCAGCGCAUUCUCUAUUUCACAGACCAACAUGGACCAGGUGUUUAUCAACUUUGCAAUGGAACAGUCUGAUGCUGAAGGGCCCACAAACAUGAUCGUCAAUAACGGGACUCAACAGACCAACCUGACCACACAGCCCAGUCAGAUGGCGCGUGCAAGAAUCCCACACGAGUCACCAAAUCCACUGCCACAAAGGACCACUGCCUCUGGCAGAAGAAGCAAGAAAGCCAGGAAAGCAUCCAAAUCUCAAUUCAAAGUAAUGUAGAAAAGCAGGACGAGCAGGAGCUUCAGUGUUCACGGCACAGAAGGAGAGCUAUGUCGGCCUGUCUGUCUUUAUGGUUGGCUCCAGCACAGAGGACAAGGCACUGUGACAAUUUAUGUUCAUUUAGAACAUGGCUUCGAUUGAAGUAUGAACCCAUAAUCAGCCUGGAAUCCUCAAAUAUUGGCUUAAAAGGCAAAAGAGGUGUUCCUGUUUGCAACCCCAUUCUUGUUUUCAUUGGAAAAUGAAAAAAUCUCAAAUUCUCUGAAGAAUCUUCCAAGAUUUGUAAUUGUCUUGUUCAUUUAUGUCAAUUAUUUUUU